UAGUUCUUAGCUAUUUGGUUUGGCUCGCGUGCGUCAUGACUCGGCGAUGCUCGCAUUGUAGCAACAACGGCCACAACUCCCGCGCGUGUCCCACGCGUGGUGGAAGUGGCGGAAUUGGCUGCGGAGGAGUGAAACUGUUCGGCGUCCGUUUGACGGACGGGUCGAUAAUCAAGAAGAGUGCCAGUAUGGGAAAUUUGUCGUCAGCGCACUACCAUAGCUCCUCGUCAGCUGCAGCUUCGCCUUGUCCGGGCUCUCCUUCAUCGGAUCACGUCCGUGACCCGAACCACGACCCAGAAGGGUACCUAUCUGAUGAGCCCACUGCACACACUUCUGCUAAUCCUCGCGCUGAGAGAAAGAAAGGUGUUCCAUGGACAGAAGAGGAGCAUCGACUCUUUCUAAUUGGCCUGCAGAAACUAGGGAAAGGGGACUGGCGGGGGAUAGCUCGAAACUUUGUUGUAUCAAGGACACCAACUCAGGUAGCAAGUCAUGCCCAGAAGUAUUUCAUCCGUCAGAGUAAUGUUACUCGAAGAAAGAGACGUUCAAGCCUUUUCGACAUGGUUCCAAGUGAUAUGGCACCUGCUUUGCUGCCUUCCCAUGUAGAAGAAGCAGACAAUUCAAAUUCAACUCCUUCAUUACAUCUCUCCCUCGACUCUGAAUUUGAACACACAGAAACUGCAGCACAAGCAACAGUUAAAGUGACCGAAGAAACAAUGAUGGUAUCAAGUGGACUGGCACCCAUGGUCAACGGUUUAGUCUCACCUUACGCAUUUUGGCCACCAAAUCCAGCCCCUCCCGAUGAAGGGAAGGGCAUAGAGAUAGAGGCAUCCAAACAUCAAGUACUGAAGCCAAUCCCAUUAUUUCCAAAGGAACCCUUCAAUGUAGACCAACUAAUCGGAAUGUCUCAUCUUAGAAUAGGAGAGACUGUGAAUGGGCACAUGGAGCCUUCACCCUUAUCCUUGCUACUGCUGGGAGAACCAUCAAGACAAUCUGCAUUUCAUGCAAAUGCAGCAGACUUUAGAAAGGGCAAAACUGGUGCUAUUCAAGCCCUCUGAAAAUGCAAGCCAAGGAGAGUGGUAAUUUGAUCUUGUUCUGC